AUGUCAGGCAAAGCAAAGAAUGUUUCCGUCGUUGAGCCAUACGGUAACCCUGCGCCCUUUGCGGAGCCGGCGUGGUACAAUACCCUGGCUUCUCCUUACUACGAUGAUAGCCAUCGAAGGGUGAGGGACUACGUGCGCAAGUACAUUGAGGAGCACAUCGCGCCCAACAUCCAAGAAUGGGAAGAGAAGGGACAUGUCCCCGAUGAAGCGAGAGUCCACUUUGCCAAAUCAGGCCUGGCUUUUCCAGAGUUGCCGCGUCAAUAUGCUGGCGAUAUUUCAUUGCCAGGAAACGUUCCAGCUGAGAAAUGGGAUAUCUUUCACUCGCUUGUUGUCAGCUAUGAGGCCAGUAGAAUAUGGGCUGCUGGCGUGUCCGUGGGACUCAACGGCGGCACCACAAUCGGCGUACCUCCAGUCAUCCAUCAUGGCACGGAAGAGCAGAAGAGGUGGUGGCUUCCUGGGCUUGUCACUGGGAAAACGAGCUUUUGUCUCGGCUGCACCGAGCCUACUGGUGGCUCCGAUCUAGCGAAUUUGAAGACCACGGCGAUCAAAUCCGAUGACGGAACAAAUUACACAGUCAACGGCCAUAAGAAAUGGAUCACUGGUGCGAUACGUGCGAGCCACAUGACAACUGCUGUAAGGACUGGAGGCCCUGGAAUCAAGGGUAUCUCAGUCCUGGUCAUUCCUCUCGAUCUUCCCGGUGUUUCUCGACGCAAGAUCAGUAAUAGUGGAUGGAACGCUGGGGACAGUACAUGGGUGACACUGGACAAUGUCAAAGUGCCCGUCAACCAUCUCAUCGGGCAAGAGAACGCCGGGUUUCAGUACGUUAUGACCAACUUCAACAAAGAACGAUUUAUCCUUGCUGUACUCAUGAACGGCCAGGCCAGAAUUUGCUUGGAAGACGCCUGGGCAUAUGCCAUAGACCGCCACACAUUCGGCAAGCCACUCAUGUAUCAUCAGAUCAUUCGACAUAAGCUCAUCACAAUGGCGCGCUACAUCGAGUCGCAUUGGGCUUGGCUCGAGCAGAUUGCGUAUCAUGCUCAUACUACCGGCUCCAUGGGCACGGAACUUGCAUCGAGGAUCGCCAUGGCCAAGAUUCAUGGCGGACGCCUUCUAGAGCUCGCAAAUCGAGAGGCACAACAGAUAUUUGGGGGUGCUGGGUACCAGCGUGGCGGCGUUGGGGCUCGAGUCGAACAGAUCAGCAGGGACCUUCGAGUAAAUAUAGUGGGAGGUGGAAGUGAGGAGAUUAUCACGGACUUGGCUGUUCGGCAAGAAAUUGGUGCAGCUGUAAAUAGGGGCGCCAAGUUAUGA